AGUAGAGCACUGUAUAUAAAUAUCGUAAACAUACUUCUCUCGCAAACACUACUAGUGUAUAGUAUUGGAUAGCUGCAUAAUAACAUUUCUCAAUAUCGACUGUGUAAAGAGCGAAAAUCGUGUAAAAAUUCUUAAUAACGACUAUCAUAAAACCUUUUAAAAUGUGAUAUCAAAGUGAAAUUACUCUAGAUCUACGGGCAUAUUAAAAUGUUCUCUAAUGUGUAUCAUAUCUCGGAAAUAUUUCGUAAAUCGUUACCAUGACUGUGACUUUGCCAGAAUCAUUGUGAAAUGGAUUUGAAGGAGUUAAAUGUACUGUAUAAUAGGUUUAGCCCAUUAUACAACAGCAAUCAACUUGGAAACAUAAUCAAUCAAGUAUUGAAAGAAGAAGAUGUUCCCUCCAAAACCUCCAAACAUUUAGAAUUACUGGCGGGAAAUAAUGAACCAAACAGACAAAGCAAAAACGGACAAACAGUUCCUCAGGUAAAACAAGAUAUCCGCAAAGACACACACGUCUCCAGUAAUUCUAAAACGCGUGUUAAUUCUUGUGGCAAUUUAAACAUACGGUCAUUUUUAAAUUCAAAUUCUAGUUUAGAUCAUGCAGCAAGUUGUAAUAGAAAUUCAUCAUAUAUCAAUGGGUCGUCGCCACGACGGAGAUUGUCCGCGCAUACGUAUUCUGACUCAAAUUCACCGAUAGGUAAUGAAAUAACACGUUCUCCUGUAAACAAGUCAACUACUUCAGUAAUAGGUGAUUGUUCAAGAAAACAGCUUACAGCGGGACCUGAAAGAAAUGGCAUCCGUAAAUAUGUCCAGUCUAGUCAGAAUAGGCAUGAUGAGGAAACCACUAGAAGCUUUUCUAAGACCGAAAAUCACAAAAAUAAUUGUAGGUGUAUACCGGCAUGUAACGGAGGAGAUAGCUAUAGCCUGUCAAAUAAUACAGCGUUCCGGUGUAAUGAUUGGUCCAAAAGCGGAAGUUCUGGUGUUGCUAAACCUAGAAAUAAUGACGUUGACAAACAGAAAACAGUGUUGAAACAUGACGUCACUGAAGUUCAAUCUAACAAAGCAGACGAUAACCGAGAAUUUAUUCUCCCUGUUGAAAUUGGGUGUUUUGAUAAGAAAGAGAUGAUUGCUAUGAUUAAAACACUAGUGGCGGCCAACCAGUAUUUUUUCGAAUUUCCUCGUACGAAUGAACCGGAAAAGCAACAUUUACUUCAAGAACAUGAUAAGUAUUUGGAAAAGAAGAAACACCAGAAAAAUGCACCACCUAAUCAGAUUGAAGAUGAGAAAAACAGAACACGUAUACGUGUCCUCGAACACAGCGUCAAAUACAUCGAAAUGCGCAUUGCAGAGUCGGUGAAGUUUGCGAAGAAAAUACCCGGAUUUUUAGAUCUUCAUUUAGAAGAUCAAGCUAAUCUUAUACGAGAAUCUCGGACAGAAAGCGGAAUCAUUGGUGGCAUGAGGGGAAUUAACACGGAAAAAGGGGUGUUUACAACUAAAGACGGAUCCAUCUAUUCCUUAGAAGACAUGAAACUUGUAUUUGAUGAAUCGCUUCUCAUUGAGAAAAUGCUUUUGUCUAAGAAGAUAGUAGCACUAAAUUUGUCGUUAGAGGAAGAAGCGAUACUUCGUGCAUUGACUAUAACAGCUACUGAUCGAUGUGAAUUGGUUCGGAAAGACAGAGUUGAAGACAUUCACAACAAGUUGAUGAGCUGUCUUAUCCACGUGAUCUCAGAAAAAGGGGCGGAGUCAGUAGCGAGGCGACUCGGGAAGCUGUGUGACGUUCUUAUGUGUUGCCGAUACGUCACAGAGGUCGACAUGAAACAAGUGAAAAAAAUAUUCCUUGAGUGGCCUUCAUUUUCAAACUACAAACUGGCAGAGGAAUUCUUAUAAUUCAAGCCUGUUUCAGUUACAUUAAAAAAAAAACAGCAAUUUCCAAAGAAAUAAAAAUUUGCUCAGUAAUAAUAUUUUUUACACUUUGAAUAUACGUUUUAGCAUAUAUUUGUAGAUCUAUAUUGUAUUUUAUUUUUGGAAUUACAUACUAUUAGGUAUAUAAAUUCAAGACAUAAAUGUUAAAUUAUUUCGGGUAUCUACACAUAUCAAAAUUCUUAUUUUUCCCAUUAAUCCAUGACAUCAGAAUCAAUUACCUCAGGAAAUAUCAUUUUAAAACUGUUAGAUGUUACCAUUUAUUUUAUUCUACCCCUUGUGUUUUAAUUGUGUUUUAACAUAACACCCCUCCCCCUCACGUUUAAAUAUGUUUUACCAUAAUGUUUUACUAUGUGUUUUAUUUUAGCAUAGACAUGUAUGUAAUGUACUAAGUUACUGACUUUCUAUUUCUUUUGUUCUUUUGAAAGAUAACAUCUGACUUUCUAUUUCUUUUGUUCUUUUGAAAGAUAACAUCUGACUUUCUAUUUCUUUUGUUCUUUUGAAAGAAAAGAUAACAUUCAAACAAUCUAGUCUUAUAGAUCGAGAACGUUGGCCUUAAAUGUAACGGUGGUCUAUUGUUAAUGUGUCGGUCACACAGAACAGUGGUCGAUGGUUCGAGCCAUAUUGUUGGACAUACAAAAGUUUCACGCUUUUUAUUGAAUUUCUGCUAUGAGAAAUAAUUCCAAAAAACUAUCCUCGAACAGAAUUAUAAAAAUUUAAUUAAAAAAAAAGAAAAAAGAAAAAAAAGAAACAACAACAAGCCACAGUAAAACCAGUUUUCAUUUAGUUGAAGUAUAUAAUUAUGUUACUGUAAUAAAAGUCUGAACUUCAUUUGAACCACUUCCUAAAACAAACUAUUUGAGGGAAUCUUGACCGUGCCCCAAACAGACCUCGACACCAUGAUACCUUGGUUGAGAGGCAGACACGCUAGUCACUAAGCCACCGCUUCCUUUACGAUUUAACUGAAAUUGUAUUAAAGAUGUUAUAUCAACAUCGACUCAAAAUUUCAAAAUUGUUACAAUCAAAUGCAAGCGCAAGAAAGACCAAUCAGGGCAGUUAUAUUAACUAAAUACAAUGUAUAUAUUUUAUAUACAGUACAGUAAGAUUAUUGUUGUUGUUUAUUUAUUUAUCUAUCUCAUUAUUUGGUCAGAUGAUAUUGUUCAAUGGUUGUCAUUGGAAGUGAAGUUAUAUAUUGUGCAUGGUUAUUUGUAAAUAAAUAUUUUUAGAUA